AUGGUCAAUCCCACUAUGUACUUCAACAUCACCAUCCAAGGCAAACUUUUCGGCUGUAUCUCCUUCGAGCUGUUUGCAGAUAAAUUCCCAAAGACAACAGAAAACUUCCAUGCUCUGAGUACUGGGGAGAAAGGGUUUGGUUACAAGGGUUCUCGUUUUCACAGAAUCCGUCCUGGGUUUACGUGCCAGGGUGGUGACUUCACAUGCCAUAGCAGUACUGGUGGCAAGUCCAUAUAUGGGGAGGAAUUUGAUGGUGAGAACUUCAUCCUGAAGCACAUAGUUUCUGGCAACCUGUCCAUGGCAAAUGCUGGACCCUAUACAAAUGAUUCUCAGCCUUUUAUCUGUACUGCUAAGAUUGCAUGGUUGGAUGGCAAGCAUGUAGUCUUGGGCAAGGUGAAAGAAGGCUUGAACAUUAUGGAAGCCUUGGAGCGGUUUGGGUCCAGGAAUGACAAGAACAGCAAGAAGAUCGCCAUUGCUGACUGUGGACAACUCUAA